UGGAGCUGAGCCCUUUGUUCUGGCCUGGGGAGCUAGUCAAACAGGAAGAGCAGAUUUAAAACAGUCGUGGGAAGGUAACUGCAGCUGCGGCAGACUCGGUGCAUGGAAGAGCUUGCGCAGGUCGGGGCAGGGACAGGGAGUGCCAGGAACUCAGCCCGCCUCUGCCUGCUCCCGGGGGAUGAAAGCAGAGACGCCUUAACAUGGACCCUCUUUGAAGCAACAAUGGCCUGAUCUGAGAGCUGCCAAGAUGUGUGGACUGGACACCCUCGAUUCCAGCAGCUUCCAGAAGCUGCUGAUGAAGACGGGGCUCAUCCUGAUUGUGAUCGGCCACCUCAGUUUCAUCUCUGGAGCCCUCGUGCAGGGGACCGUGCUACGCUACGUGGCAAACCCCCAGGAUGCCAUCUCCCUGCAGUACGCCAUCUCCAACAUCAUCUCGGUGACCUCGGCCAUCCUGACCAUCUCCUGUGGCAUAGCUGCGAUUGUGCUGUCCAGAUACCUUUCCCUAACAGCCCUGAAGUGGGCGGUCUUCUCCCUCAGCAUAAGCAGCACCCUGCUCUCGCUCUUCUGCUCCGUGGGGCUGGCGGUCUCCAUCAUCCUCACCUUUGCCAACAAAGGGAACGCCCUGCUGGCCACCUGCACCUUCACCAACGUGGAGCUGAUCCAGAUCUCCCACGAGUGCUCCUUCGACCCCACCCGUGUCUAUAGCUCCACGCUGUCCCUCUGGACCAUGUCCCUGAUACUCGACACGGUAGAGAUCAUCUUCAGCAUCCGGUGCUUCCUGCUCACCCUCACACUCCUCAACCUGAAGCUGUGUCGGCGGACCCGCAAGAAAAAGGUCACGUUGCAGCUUGUUCCAGUGGAGAAUCGAGACGCCAGUGAGGGCCGUGUCCUCCUCAGGCAGGGCAGAGUGGAGACGGUGUGGCUCUGAACAGGCCAGAGGAGCCCGCUGGCACCGCGGUGCCAAGCCUCCGCUUGUGCAUCAACUUCAUGGACCUGCCCCCACCCAGGCUCUGCUGUCCCAGCAACCUCCGUGGCUUGCGUUCCUUCCCCCAUUGUUCUCCCAUAUGCUGCACUGGCCUCAUGGCUCCUGCUCUCCCAGACUCUGCCAUCCCAGCCUCCUCCCCAGGGCGGUGCUGUUGCUCAGACCCAUUGCUGGUCUGAAGGGAGAGGAUCCUCCACCCAGCUUGACACGUGUCCUACCUGCUGCCUUAAUCUCCUGGCCCUCUCCUGCUCACCUGGCUGCAGGGGGCAAGCAGGAAAAGGGCUGGGAGUUGCUGGAUG